CCUACUGGUACAUACUCCAACUAAAUCGGGGGGGGAAAUUGGAACUUAAUUUAUAAGUGUUUAUUUUCAGUGUAAAAUAAUGCUUAUGAAAAUUUUAAAACAAUUGAAGUGAUAAGGUUACCUAAAUUUGUCUUGCCGAAUUCUUUCUGUCAGUUUGAAUGUAUUUUUGGAUUUUAGUUGUGUGAAAUAAAUCGAAUCCAAUCGGUUUUCCUAUCCAGGUUUCUGUUUUUAAAGGUUUAUUUUUUUUAUAAUUUGAACAAUUAAAGUUUUAUUUACAUCUUCCAAGGCACAAUGGCGCAAUCUUCAGAGGAUUCAUUAUUCUCAUUUGAAGAAGAGCUCUUAUACUGCAUUGAAAAGUUACAAAAUACCUUGACUACUAAAAAAUUAGCACCCCAAGCAGAGAAAAAGUCUGUGCUGGCUUUGGCAACUUUGAUAAACAAGAAAGCACCUUUUGUAAAGAAACGUCAAGUAAUGCGAACAGCCUGUGGUGAUUAUAGGAAAGAAAUGAAAGAAGAUCUGAAGAAAUCUAAACAUGUGUUUUUCAGAUGCUGACUUUGCAGUGAACAGAGACGAUCGUGUGUCUAUUGGAGGUCUGAUAUUGUAUCUGGAUAAUGUGCGGUAAUAUGGAGGACUUGCAAGCAAAAAUGCGUAAGCCUUUCUACAAUGGAAUCGGAAUUCGUCGCCCUGUGUGA